GUCCACUCCCCAUGAGCAGGAUAUCUUUCAGAUCCAAAGAGCUCGAGAAUCAGAUAUCUCGGCGAAAGGCUUUCCUUGGCCCAUCUUUGUCUACACAUUAUCACAACCCCAUCCUAGUGGAAAGAGGUAGAGGAACGUUCCUGAUUGAUUUCAGAGAUCAGGCAUUCUUGGAUUUUGUCAACAAUCCUGCGAGCCUCGGACAUUGUCACCCCCAUGUUGUGAGAGCAGCGGCCGAGCAGCUGGCGCAACUCAACACCAACACAAGAUACGUGUAUGCAGAGCUCACAGAUUACGCUGAGCAAUUGACGAGACUCUUCCCGGAGAAACUUCAUGUUUGCUUCUUCGUCAACUCAGGCUCAGAAGCGAAUGACCUUGCAUUGAGGAUCGCAAGGGCCCAUACCAAAGCUCAAGAUUUCAUCGUUAUGGAAGGAGCAUACCACGGACAUACAGAAGAAUUAAUCAAGAUUUCACCGUACAAAUUUGAUGGGAAAGGAGGGUUCCCACAGCCUGCUAAUGUUUGGAAAGUUCCAGUACCUGACAUGUUCCGCGGAGAUCAUCGCAGUGAUUCAAACCCAGCAAGAAGUUAUGCUCUGCAUGUGAAGACAGCUCUCGACAAGAUGAAAACUUCGGGCAAGAGACCAGCCGCCUUCAUAUGCGAGGGCAUGCUCAGCACUGCCGGCUACCAUCCUCUCCCUCCUCGCUACCUCAAGCAGGUUUACGAGCUCGUGCGCGAGGAGGGAGGAGUCUGCAUAAGUGACGAGGUCCAGAGUGGGUUCGGGCGAGCGGGGGAAGGGAAGAUGUGGGGGUUUGAGUUGGGCGAUGCUGUUCCUGACAUCGUCACGUUGGGAAAGCCGAUGGGAAAUGGCUUCCCUCUGGCCGCAGUCGUCACGACGAAAGAGCUAGCAGCAUCGUUCGCUAACGGCAUGGAAUAUUUCAACACCUUCGGAGGAAGCACUGCAGCGAUGAGAGUGGGUCAAGCAGUGCUGGAGAUCAGGCGUAAGAGGGACCGAGAGGAAGAGAGGAGGAGGGCAGUGGGGCGACAUCUCAAGAAGGAGCUGAACAAGCUGAGGGAUCGACAUGAAUGUAUUGGUGACGUACGAGGCUCAGGUCUCUUUCUCGGCCUUGAAUUCGUUCGCGACAAGUCAUCCUGCUUGCCUGCUCCUGGCCUGACAACAUAUGUAGUGGAAGCGAGCAGAUGUAGAGGUCUUCUCCUCGGCUCCGACGGCAUUCACAACAACGUGCUCAAGAUCAAACCUCCUCUCUGCUUAUCAAGGUUUCCCUGUCUCCUUCUCCUCCUCCUUCUCCUGCCCUUGCCCCUGCUCCUUCUCCUGCUCCUGCGCCUGCGCCUGCGCCUGCCCCUGCUCCCCCUGCUCCACAGUGUCUUCCUCAACAACCCCCUUGACGUUCAUCUUCAUCAUUUCGUCUCUUCCCCUCGCCAUCCUACUCCUCACUUCCCUCCCUUGAGGAAGAGAGCAAGCGGACUUGAUGGUCACCGUCUUGGACGAAGUGCUCUCUAG